GCGGACGGUUGGCGCCGUGGACUAUAUAGAGUUGGGUAAGCGAUCUGGGAUAGACAAGACUAUAUCGAAGCUGUAAAGCUGUAUAGGUGUAUAGGGUUUCCGUAUAUGUGGGCGACCUAUCUUGGCUAUGUUGAAUGUUAUUAUAUCGUGAUAAUGUCGGGUAAAGCAAUAUUAAUACGUAUUGCAUGCAACCGCUUAUUGAAAUAGUCGCGAAAGGACGAUCUAGAAGUCGGAUGCGGACUUCCCUUGGUCACACUGAUGGUGAUCACUACAUAUUGCCCCUUGGGUGGUGGUAUAACGAACGAUGAAGGUCUCUUGCAGUGAAGAUCUUCAGGUACCCCGGAGAAUUCGGGAAGGUUGGCGAUAGGAUGAGGACGACCCAGCGGACGGCAGAACGUCUAGAUCAGCAUGGCGACCUUCCUAUUUCACUGUGAUUUAGGGGCGGCGGACGUAGCAACAACGUUGGAGCAUCUGCAAAGAAUGAGGGAAUCUCUGUAUGUAUUAAUUUAUCCAUCGAUUCCACGUCCCAAGUGACGCGUCCAAGAGAAAGCUUCGACUGGUCCCGUUAGAAUCUGAUUGGUCCCCAUCAAAUUUGGACUGCAUGUGCAUAUGGAUUGACCCAUGAUAAACAUGGCUAGGGGCAAUUACUCGGCAUUGCAUCUUGCGUCUUCCUUCCCAGUCAGGCUCGGCACACCGGAGAAGUAGGCCAUGAUUCGACGAAGAGUCGCUCGCUUGCGUUGGUUAUAUUCAGCCAUCGCUAUGCAUGUAAGGAGCGCCAUUCUUUUUGACGAUAGGGGGCCAAUUUGGAGCUGUUAUCGUUGUUAUUGGAUAUACGUACGUACCGAUGGUCCAUCCAUAGUGGCCCCGUGUAGAUUUAUAUCAGAGAUAGUAUACGUGUCUAUACGAAGAGAUAGAAGACAUGACGCCGGCAUGCUCACCUGCUAGAACUGGAAGAGAUGAGCGCAUGGGAGUAUCGUCCAUGAUGAAACAUGAAAUAGCGGGAAUGGAGAAAGGGGUAGAGGGGUUGGAUGACUCGCAACUUGUGCUGGACAAUAGAGAAUGGAGAAUGUAGAACGAUGGAAGUAUGUAAUAUGAGAUACUUCGUAUAUGUACCUAACGUACCCCUGAGUUACAUAACCUAAGACAGGUAUACAGGCAAGUGCGGAUGAGUAUCUAACACUUGUCUAUCUCUGUUUAAGAGGCAAUAAUUACCUAGGUAGUUACCUACCUUGUACAUAACAUACCUGCUGUAAGGAAAGAACGAAC